CAAAGGUGACAUUAUCAUAGAUCAGGGUCCAGAUUUGCCCUGGUCUUUGCCUUUUCCCACCGACAGCUCACAGAAUCUCCUCCCGCCAUGUCGAUGUCGUCUGCCACCGGUGUCUUCCUGAUCUCUCUCCUCUCCAUCCCGAUCCUGUGGGUUGUGAACCACUCGGGGUUGAUCGGCGGGAACCCGUGGGGGAUCCUGGCGGCGGGGUACGCCUCCCUGCUCGGGAUCCCCGCCCUCGCCUACUUCGUCAUCCGGGAUAAACGGGUGAAGAAGGACCCCUGGUUUUACGUGUUCACAGUUUUUGCCUUCUCCUCUGUGGUGGACCUGGUCCUGUGUUUGGAGAUGGAUGGCAUGAUAUCAGGCUUUACUGAAUUCUACAUGAAGGAGGGUGAACCAUACCUCGGUACAGCCUACGGUAUCAUGAUUUCCUACUGGGAUGCUACAGCACACUACUCCAUGUACCUCAUGAUGGUGGCUGCCAUCGCAUGGAAUGAACAGUACCGGGAGGUGGGUCUGUACUGGGUGGGCUCUCUUCUCCACAGUAUGAUUGUCUUUAUGCCCGGAACAUUCAUAGGUAAGUUUGCCAACGAGAUCCGCCCGGCGAUCCUGCUGAACAUACCGUACGUGGUGGUGCCUGUAGUAGCAGGGAUCAAGUACAUGCAGAGUAGGCCAGACGGACAGUCACUUACAAAAGAGGUAAAAAAGGUGCAGGGGACCAGUCUGUUGAAGAGACCUCUGGAUGUGCUGUUGAUGCUGUUCUUGCUGGUGUCCAUAGCAAUUUCUGUCAUCAGAGGCUUGGCUGUCUUGGAAUGCCCAUGGGAGGUGACUAAGACAUACACUAAGGAGUACGAGCCUUACCUGGAGGACAGGACAGCAUAUCCAGUUAUACAGAUGUUAGUGUACCUGUUCUAUUUUGUCCCAUACUACCUGGCAGCCAUGUAUGGGCUGGUCCAGCCAGGCUGUGGGUGGAUGGCUGACUGGGCACUACUGUUUGCUGGAGCAGCAGCACAGGCUCAGUUCUCCCACAUUGGGUCUUCCUUCCACGGACGUACGCGGUUCACACGGAGGGUCCCCGAAGCCACCAGCCUGGAAUUCUGGGUAAUCAACCUCUUCCUGGCCAUUGUACCUCAGAUCCUGGCCUAUCGCUGUGUCAAGUACCCAUCAUUCUUUGCCAGAGGCAGAAACCAAGCUGUGAACGGGGUGAAAGAAUCACCUUCUAAGAAGAAGGACUCAUAAUGGCCGAAAAGUUGUAGGAAACAUGGACACCGUUUGUCCCUAAAGAGGCCUUUUGGUACAUAUUUGCACGAGAUCUCCAAUGUUUGAUAACACUGCUUGAUCUUCAAACUUUGUGCUUUUUGGUUAAAAGUGAAGUGACACAAAUCUGGCAAAGUUCUGGUAAUUCACAGGAAAGUACACUUCUGAAAUCACUGACAAUUGCAAUUCCAUCUUGUUUAUUAUAAUCUAUGAUACUUCUAAUGGCAGAACCUGUUACAUAAUUAAGUAAGCAUCAAAUAAUAAUCAUAGAACAUACUAGCUGUAUCCCACUAUGACAAGACAUGUAAAGUCACAUGAAUUUCUACAACUGUUAGGGAUCUUAUCUAGUUCUUAAUAGCUCAUUUUACUUUAGACAUUGUUUUAAAUCUCAGGAACUGUUAAGUGAGGUAAUUUACUUUAAUUGAUUUAAUUUACAUGCAUGUUGUUUAAGAUUGUUUGUUGAAAAUAUGUAUAAUUAUUAUGUAGCUGUCUAACUUCUCAACACAAUUUGACUGCCAAUUAAGUUACUUGAAAUGAGUUUCAUUUCAUUCUACUAAGUAUAAACUAUCCAUAGCACUGUACGUGUACCAACUGUAAAUGUGCGUCAGGCCAUACAUAUUAAUUUGAGUACAUGGAUGACAUCCUCUGGGCACCCUAAAAUUGUUAGACCACACAAGAUUUGAAUUGCCCUUUGUCUUGUUGUGCUUUUGGGUCUAUCACUUGAUUCCUGUUCCUUUUUUUUACCAGCCUGCACCAUUCAUCCAAAAUCUCAGAUCAGAAACAUUAGAUUGAUGUGGUCAGUUAAAGAUAUAAUGUUAAUAAGUUAUCAUCUCUUACAUUCUGAAAAAAAUGACUUUUAAAAAUAUGAUUUACACAGCUUAUAUCCAAACUUUUUAUGGCAGCUUAGAAAGCAACCUUUAUCUUAGAGCUGUGUGUGCAGUAUUAUUGAAAUAUGUGCGUGGUGUGCUGAAUAUUUUGAACUUACCUAAUUCCAGUGAUUUUAUGGCCUGAAAGUAUAAUGAAAGAGAUUGAAAUUUGAUUUGUUUGUCAUUGAUAACAUUGUCACUUGUUCUAUGCAUACAAUCCACUAUGAACACAUGAGAUUACUAGAACCUCUGAGCUUCUAUAGCUAGUAUAAAACUAAAUUAGCUUUGUUUGCAAUGAUAUCCACUUUAAUUUAUUUGAAGGUGGCAGGUUGUAUAUAUAACUGUAGGAAGCAUUCAUAAUUAUUGUGACCCUAGUGAAUUUGGGUGUGAAAAUGUAUAUCCAAUUUGUUGUACAUUUUUUUUCUUAGCAUUGGUUUAAUAAUGAAAAAGCAUUCUAGUAUCUUGA